GGUUUGGAAAAAUUGCAAGAUGUUAAUCAUUGUAUGGAAAGAGCCUUAUUAACAUUGGAAUUAAUUUCAAAUCGUUCAGACAAAGACAAAAAACGACUUGAAUUAUUCUUUCCUAUACUUGAAAAAUUUUAUUAUAUUUUAAUUUUGAACUAUUUAGAUAUUCCUGGAAAUGUUUCAUGGCAAGUGGGGGGUCCAGUACAUUCGGGUACACUUUCUGUUUUAUCUGAUGAUUCGUUCUUAUCAGCUCUGGAUGAUAUGGUUUUUUUUCAGCCAUUGAGUUUGGAUGAUUCAGAUAUACUUAUGAGGGAUCCGUUGAAUAUAGAAAAAUCUUCUCUUUUUUUUUAUCAAAGUGGAAUGGCUUGUGCAAUCUCUGAUGAAGUUUUCUAUAGAAAAUCACGUACUGAAUUCUGUUGCUGCGAAAAUGACCUUGAUUUUAUGGCGAAGUUGUGGUGUCUGCGGCAAGCAUUCAACAAAAUAUUAUCAGACGAGCGAAACCGCGUUUGGUUGACGCAAACAGGCCGACAGUUAAUAGCCGACUUAUUACGACAUUCUCAUAAAGAACCAACUUCAUUUUAUCAGGCGUAUGAUUCAAUGAUGGAUUUUUUAACCAAUAAACAUAAUUCAGAAAUAAUUGAAAAAGAAUUGCAAAUGCGAGGGGUUUUUGAGCUGGGAUUUUGGGAUGUCGUUCUUGAUUUUGUUUUAAUCGAUUCAUUGGAAGAUCUUUCUCAUCCUCCGUCAGCAGUGUUGGCUGUUACGCGAAAUAUGUUUCUAAGCCAAUCGGUAAAAGAAUCCACUCUGGCAACUGUAAUUUGGUCUAUGCUUAAAGUGAAACGUUCAAGACUUCAAGUUAAAAAUGGUUUUAUAUCUCAUUUUUAUGAUAUUUCCGAAGUCAUUUCUCCAACAAUCACUCUCGGAUUCCUUGGAACUAAUGACCAUAUGCGCGAACUUUGUUAUUAUUUUAAAGAACAAAUUUGUUCAUUUGUCGUCGACAUUUUUAAUAUCAACAGAGUUCGUUAUACAACAAUUGAUGAGCUCGUCGAAGAUGUUUGGUUCAUACUUCGAACUCGAACAGAGAUGGUUCAAACGCGUUUCAGUACAGAAUUGAUCCCUUCUGGAUAA